GGAGCGGUACGCGCGGCGUGGGGUGCUGGGGGAUCUCGGCCGUGGUCGCCAUGGUGUCGCGCGUGCAGCUCCCUCCGGAGAUCCAGCUUGCGCAGCACCUGGCGGGCAACGAGAAGGUGACCCGCGACCGGGCGGUGAAGAAGCUCCGGAAAUACAUCGUGGCCAGGACACAGCGGGCCGCAGGGGGUUUCACGCAUGACGAGCUGCUGAAGGUGUGGAAAGGACUGUUCUAUUGCAUGUGGAUGCAGGACAAGCCGCUCCUCCAGGAGGAACUAGGAAGGACCAUUUCCCAGCUUAUCCACGCCUUUCAGACCGCAGAGGCACAGUACCUGUUCCUGCAGACGUUUUGGCAAACCAUGAACCGCGAGUGGACGGGCAUCGACAGGCUGCGCCUGGACAAGUACUACAUGCUCAUGCGGAUGGUCCUAAAUGAAUCCCUGAAGGCCCUGCAGAUGCGUGGCUGGGAGGAGAGUCAGUGCGAGCAGCUGCUGAAGCUGUUGACGGCCGAGAUUCUGCACCCCGACAGCCAGGCCCCCCAUGGGGUGAAGAGCCACUUCACCGAGAUAUUCCUGGAGGAGCUGGGCAAAGUGGGCGCAAAGGAGCUUACUGCAGACCAGAACCUCAGGUUCAUUGACCCCUUCUGCAGGAUUGCCGCCAGGACCAAAGAUCCCCGGGAUUUACAUGACAUAGCUCGUGGGAUCUUUGAGACAAUCGUGGAACAGGCCCCAUUCGCCAUCGAAGACCUAAUGAAUGAGCUGGACGAACAAGAGGAGGAGGAGGAGGAGGAAGGUGCCUUGUCAGAGGAGGGUGACUUAGAGCAGAUGGAGGAGGAGGAUACAGAGGGUGAACCAGAUGUGCCGACUACGAAACCAGCAGAGACGCGGCCGAAAGGCUCCAUCCGCAGGCCCGAGCCCAAGACAGGAGAGGAAGCUGCAGAGAAUGACGAGGAUGGCGCUGGCACCGCGCUGCAGUUCGACUAUGAGGCGGUUGCUAACAGACUCUUCGAGAUGGCCAGUCAGCAGAGCACCCCUUCUCAGAACAGAAAGCGGCUCUACAAAGUGGUUCGGAAGCUGCAGGACCUCGCUGCAGGCGUCUUCCCUGAGGAUGACAUCCCCGAGAAAGUCUAUGCCUACCGGCACGAAGGGAGACUGGAGAGGAAGAUGAAGAAGCGUUUGCUCAAAUCCCAGCUGCAGAACAAGAAAGGGAAGGGUGGAACAGAAGGCCCGAGGCCGGCGCCGAGCUCCAGAACCGAGAGGAGGAAGAGGAAGGGCAGGACUGACCGUGUGCAGCCUGAGGGGGCUGCCCCCAAAGAGCAGGGCAGGGCCCGCAACAGGCGAGGGGCGCACAGCAGCAGGUGGGGCAAGUCCCGUGUCAGGGCCAGGGUGGCUGUUGAGGCCACGUUCCAGGAACCAAAGAAGAAAAAGAAACGGAUCCGGGAGAGCAAACAGUGACGCCCGCCCGCUGGGGGCAGACGGGGCAGCAGAGCCAGGUAGACUUGAGUACCAGUCAGCGCCUUAACUUAUUGCGGGGAGAGGAAGGGUCAGGACUGAGAAGAGACUGCACCCUCGUGGACAGCCUGAGUCCUGGAAACCGUUUCCUUCCCUGAUACAGCACAGGCUGCGGCUGUGGUGGCCUCGGCUCGGGAACUGCAGCUCCUCAGACCUAACAGCCCCUGCCAGCUGUCGGUCCCACACCUGUGGGGUACCCAUGAAAUAAAGUGAU